CCGACCUGAUCCGAUACGGGUCUAUUUCUAAUUGUGACAGCCAGUAGUAAUUCAAGUAAUCGACCAACAAUCUUCAGGCAGGCGGGAGAUUAGAUUAAUUUUUCUUUAAAAAAAAAAUGGCGGAACCGAUGGAGAUUUCUUUUUCAUCCGGAUCUCUCAAUCUUCAAUCAAUUCGCAGCCGAAUGAAUGACCUCUCAGAGAUUCAUAAUAGCAAUAAAAAUGAUGUUGGGACUGAAGCUCUCUCCUCGGAUUCGGAGAAGCUGCUCAAAGACUGCAGUUUUCAUUUCCAGAGUAAAGUGAAGCAAAUUAUUGAAGAGUAUUCUGACGUGGGUUUCUUAGGCAUUGAAGAUUUAGAUAAAUACCUAGCAUACUUGAAAGAGGAGCUUAAUCAAGUGGAGGCUGAAAGUGCUAAGAUUUCUAAUGAAAUUGAGGAUCUUUCAAGAAAUCAUAUUGAAGAAUCAAAUAUGCUGGAAGACAAUCUUGAAGGCUUGGAAUGUGCAUUGGAUUCUAUUGCAUCUCAAGAGAGAGAAGAAGAGGAUCCAUGCUUCGACUCUUCUAUGAAUGGUGAAAAUCAGUUAAAUCUGCUAGAUGCAAAUGAAGGGCAAAAGUUUGAGAUUUUGGAGCUAGAGAGUCAGAUUGAGAAGAACAACUUAAUUUUGAAGUCUUUGCAGGAUCUUGAUUCUACAUUCAGAAGAUUAGAUGCCUUAGAACAGAUUGAAGAUGCAUUGACAGGCUUGAAAGUCAUUGGCUUUGAUGGAAACUGCAUUAGGCUGUCGUUACAGACAUAUAUUCCAAAAGUAGAGGGUGUUUUGUGCCAAAACAUGAGUGAGGAUAUUUCUGAGCCAUCUGAAAUGAAUCAUGAAUUGCUGGUAGAAAUUGUGGAUGGAAUCAUGGAGGUCAAGAACGUUGAAAUGUUCCCAAAUGAUGUUUACAUAGGCGAUAUAGUUGACGCAGCAAAGUCUUUCAGGCAACUAUUCUCUAACUUAGUGGCACCAGAGAUACGGUCUUCAUUGGAGUGGCUUGUGGGGAAAGUGCAGGAUAGGAUUAUCUUAAGUACUUUGAGACGAUUUGCCGUGAAGAGUACAAAUAAAUCAAGGCAUUGCUUUGAGUACUUAGAGAGAGAUGAGACCAUUAUAGCUCAUUUGGCUGGGGGAAUUGAUGCAUUUAUAAAGGUGUCUCAAGGUUGGCCACUGUCAAAAUCUCCACUGAAAUUGUUAUCUGUCAAGAGCUCAGAUCAUCAUUCAAGGGGAAUUUCAUUGAGCUUGCUUUGCAAGGUUGAGGAAAUGGCUAAUUCCUUGGACAUGAACAUUCGACUAAAUUUAUCGACUUUUGUGGAUGCUGUUGAGAAGUUGCUUUUAGAACAGAUGCGCUUAGAACUUCGGUCUGAUGAUGCCUCUACUAAUUGACCAUGACGCAGCUUGUGUCACUUGGUAAGUUUGAAUGUCAGUAUUGUAUAUAAUCUUUAAGAUUUGCCAACUCCAUUCCAAAUUCUCAGGAAAUCUUCAGUCAAGAUCUUGCCGGUAUCAAACCCCUCUACGACAUACAAAUUGGCAACAACCCUGGAAAACUGGCUUGCUAUUGUUCUCUGUAGUUUUUGUAAUCUACUGAAAUUUUAAUGACAUAAAUCAGUCUUGUAGAACACCAAGAAUUUGAUUAUGGUAAUUGAUUUGCUUAUUAAAAUGCACAUGAAAAGUUUUUUAUGCCUA